GUCAAAGAAAUUGGUUGAAGACCGAGUGAGCAGUAAUCUAAAACCGUCUUAAGAUCACCGACAUUGAAAAAUAAUGUUUUUCUCAGCACCGAAAAGCUUGUGCGAGGCUUUCAAACCGCUCUUUUACAUCAACUGGUUUAUGGGUUUGGGCAUCUUUCUACAUCCAGAGAAAACAGUUAUACCAUACUUCUAUAUUCUAUUACAAACAGUGAUAAUUAAUCUUACAAACUGGAUUACGAUUUAUGUGGGUUUGGAUGAAUUGCUACAAGAUACUACAGAUUUCAACAAUGAUGGCCAGUCAAUGAAUCGUAGGAAUACUUAUCGAGUAUUUCACUGCAUAAAUGCUGGCAUUGUCAUUAUCGCUCCUUUCCUCGUGUGGCACAGAAGCAAGAAGGCGAAGGAGUCUUUACGUCAGAUGAUGAUUUUGGAUGAUAUCUUCAAAUACAAACUUGGGCUUAAGCACGAUUACAGAAAAAUUCACGUUUAUGUAAAUAGCCGAUUGAUCAUAGUGGUUUUGGCCAUGUUUACCAUGGCUAUUUACGAUCUCAGUUGGAGCUUGGCGGACCAUCGUUCACUAUUCAGGAAUUACUGUGUGUCAGCAGCUGUGCAUCAACCAAUCCUCGUCAUGUUUUUACUCGACUUGAACUUCUGUACCUGCGUAACGUAUGUCUAG